GGCUUAAAGUUUGUAUGGAACUUGUUCUGUUUAUUAUCUUAGGAACACUAACAAGGACGUUAAAAUUCAACGUCUUUGUGUAAGUUCAUAAAAGAGUUUAGCUUCGUGUGUAUUCAAUACUCAACCACAAAAAAAGUAAUAAAAAGAAGAAUACAAAUAAUUUGAUUUCAUGACAGCCGUCAAACAGCCAUCAUAAAAUUAAAAAUGGAUUGUCAGGUUACGAAGAUUUUAUAAAUAAAUUUAGAAAAUAAUUAUACAAUAAAUACCUACAUAAGAAAAAUGAAAUACAAAACGUUUUUAUAACAAAACAUAUUGGGAUGUAGGUGAUGGAAUGAGGUAACAACUACUUUUAGGUAUCUAAUAGGUCCUGUAGCUUUGGUUUUGGUAGAUAAUCGUAGUUUCGGUACCAAAAAGGUGUGAAUUUUCGAAUAAGGUUUCUGCAACCACAGUCAUGUACUGUAAACCUUACAAGGCAUUUACUACUUUGAGUUUAUCAUUUUUAACAUUUUAAAGUUCAUCAUGUCUCGUUGUACAAAUUGACCUACUACUGCUGUCCAGUAAUUGACAUGUUUUCCAUCAGGUUUUGAAAUCAGCAAGCUUGAUUUGCGGCAGUUUGGGGUCGAAGAUUACAGCAAAAGUAUCUGCAACAACAAGGCCGAAUCAAAAUAAAAAAGUGUAAACAACAAGUAAAAAAUGUGUAGCGUAAUACCACCUUUAUUCAAGAAAGUGGACGUGUCAUGUUCAUGUACAAAUUGUGACUCUGUAUUUUGUACUGCGAAGGAGAAUGAGGUCAAGUCCUGCUCGUGCGAGGACUGCUCAGGCUCCAAGACCUGCAUGUUCUACUCAUCCGUCGCCUUAUAUGGGAGUCACUCAGAUGCAACGAAUGCUCGUUCUUGUUCAAGAACAUUGCCGAAUGUUGUGUCCGACGUAGCUCGAUACAUAGCUACCAGUGUAGCUCAUUUAGUAUCUCCUCAAACUAUCAAUUCAUCAUGUUGUGCAGCCACAUCGCCAACUACUACAACAACAACUAAUGACACCGGUACUAAUACAAUAGAAUUGUAUAGAAAACUUAAUUCACAAUGUUCAAGAAAUAAACUAGAACGAUUAAAGAAGGCAUACUUGUCACAUAAAAAGGAACCUAGCCCACCUGCCUUGGCAUGCGAUGCAAAUGUCUGCCAGAUAGAGCAACAGGAUUUCACAUCAAAAAAAACUGUACCAAAUGAUCGUACAAUGGGAAUUUAUAGAACUGAGAUAUUAAAACAAAAAUUGGCUGCGGAAGCAGUUAAAAGUAUUUAUGUGCCAGAUUUAGCUUCAAAUAAAAAACCCGAGGAACCAAAUUGUCAUUCCGAUAAAUGUUCAAAAUGUAUGUUACAAAAACUCACUGGAUAUAUUAAGGAUUUACAUAAAAAUAAUCAAAUCGAUGAAGUUCCUCAAAACAAGCCAAUCAAACCAGCCAAAAAAGGAUCAGAAAAUUUUGAUUUUACUCAUAUAUUGGAUUCAAAUUGGAAUACAAUUGAAACACCUGGAUAUCAAUAUGCACACAAAUCUCAAAAUUGUGAAUGUAUUGACUGUGUGGAAAAAAAAGAAGAAAAGGACGCCACCCACGUAUUUAUGUUUGAUCCUCCUGGAUAUAUACUUGAUUUACCGAAAAUUCAAUUAUCACAGAAGUAUAUACCUCACUCGACGUCUUGCAGUUGCGAAGGUGAGAAAUCAAAGGUACCUAACAUAUGCACAAAUGUAUCAGAUACUGCACAGAAAGAAAAGUGUGUGUGUGUGGCGAAAAAGAUGUCUGGAUCUCAACAUGGCAGUCAAUGUGAAUCCGAUGCAAAAUGUGUAACACAGAAGCUGGAGAAACCUGAAAGUAAAAUUAAAUGUACGGAUAGUAAGAACAGUAACGUUGAUGCUGCUGGACAUGCAAUGGAUGAACCGACAAACGACGUACCAAUUAAAACAAGUGUUGAUAAAUUGAAAGAAAAUUGUUUUAAUAACUCAACGUUUUGUAGUUACCAUGUUGAAGAACAAAAAUCUACACAGAAAAUUGAACAAAAGAAACCUGAAACUGAAUCGAAAGACACCGAUCAAUCACCGCUCUAUUCAAAGGAUAUGAAUAUUAAAAAUACACAAGACCUGAAUCAAGUUAAACUUGAAACACUACAGGAAGUAUCCAAAAAAGAUAUUUGUGAGUGCAAUGUAACAGGAAAAGUAAUGAAUGAAUCUAGUGGAUAUGUUUUAGAACUAGAACAAUAUAAACCAACGAAAAACGCUCAAGACUUAGUUAAAGAUGUACUUGUGACACAAGAAAAUGUUGUGACUGAACUACCAGAUAUGGAUAUGCUUAAGAAAAAGUUAUGUGAGUGCAAAGCAAAACCAAAAAGUAAGUUCGAGCCAUCCGGAUAUGUGUUUGACGUACCAAAAAGUAUACCUAAACAGAAAGGUUGCGAUGUUGUAUCUAACCAGAAAUGUAACGAGAUUGUAUGUAAUGAUAAAAAGAGUUGGGGAAGUGGUACUUCUAAAACCAAAAUCGAAUUGCCAGGAUAUGUUGUUAAACAAAUAAUAACACCCGAGAAGAAAAAGUGUGAAUGUAGUGAACCACCAAAAUUAAUAGGAUUUUCAUUCGAGUCACCUAAAGUUGUACACUGUGUGAACAUGGAACAUCGUGAUGUUUGUAGAUGUUCAGAGUCUGACAAAAACCAACGAGCAUUUAAUGAAAAUAAUACAAAUAUGAACUGUAAAUGUAAAGCAACAGCAAAAUGUAAAUCAUCUGGGUUUAUGCUUGAUUUACCAACAUAUAAACCUUGUCCAUCAGCACGGAAAGAUAGUUGUGGAUGUAAAGGGCUAGACAAAAAUAGGACAGGAUCAUAUGGAAAUAUGUUUGACUUCCCAAAGACUACUCAAAAAAGUUGUAAGUGUCCAGAAUCUACAAAAAACACAUUUGAUGUUAAUCGACUUGAAAUGCCAUCCAAAAAUUCAAAUAAAAAUAAUGAAGGCUGUGUGUGUAAAGGAACAGCUAAAUGUAGACAAUCUUCUACACCAGGGUAUGUGGUUGAAUUGCCAACAAAUAAGUCUGACGGUUGUGCGUGUCCUAAACCGCCAAAACCGACCAUGGCUGAAAAUAAAUGUGAAUGUAAUGAUGCAUGCAGAAAUAUAGCAAGUUCUAAUCAAGAAGGAUUUAACAAUAAAGAUUUAGAAGAGUUAGCUGCAAAAUGUAAAGAUAAACGAUCUGGUUAUAUUUUCGAUUUACCGGUAACUAAGCCACAGAAAGGUAGUUGCGAAUGUCGCGAGGCAAAAGAAAAGGUAAAUCAACCAAUAUGUAUGCCUAAACCAAUACCACCUAAAGGAAAUUGUGAAUGUUCCGAACCAGAAAAUAAAGAAGAUUUAAGUAAAUACGUAUAUGUGUUACCGAAACAUAAACCACAAACAAGUUGCUGUAAAUGCUGUCCUCAAAUGACACAACAGAAACCCAUACCAGAAACAAAAAAAAGUACCUGUGAAUGUCGUGAGGCAAAAAACAAAGUGGAUCAACCAACAUGUAUGCCUAAACCUAAAAAAAACUGUGAUUGUCCUGAACCAGAAAAUAAGGUAGAUUUAAGUAAAUAUGUAUAUGUGUUACCGAAACCACCUAGUACAUCCAAGACUGUCAUUAAGUGCGAUUGUGGCCAGUCAAAAAAUAAGAUUAAUGCUGAGCCUAAUCAACCAAUGUGUACGCCUAAGCCAAUAACACCGAAAGUCAAAUGUCAAUGCCCUCGUGAAUCGGUAUCAUGUAAAUCUAAACCAAUAACACAACUAGAUCCUUGUGAGUGCCCUUCUAAAACAAAAGAACUGGCAAUGGAUUCGUCCGGAUACGUGUUAGAUUUGAAGCCAUCAAAAAAAAAAAGUUGUGUGUGUACCCCUUCAGAACAAAAUAAAUCCGACUUAGCUGGAUAUGUCUUAGAACUGCCUCGAUAUAAACGUACUGAUCAUAAGCCUGACAAAUGUGAAUGUACAGCAAAAAAAAAAUCAGCAUCAAAGGCCAGUCAAGUAUACAGAAUUGAGACAACUGUCAUAUCUCCGGAAACACAAAAUGUAUGCAACAAUAUGCUUGGCAAACAGUCGGAUACAAACGAGUUGCUUAAAAAAUUUUCUUCACCACGCCCAACACUAAAGAAACAUACUGAUCUAUGUAAAAACAUACUGAAAACACAAACAGAAGCAAUUGAAAUAUUAAAAAAGAUAUAUUUACCUCAUAAAGAGGUUCCAAAAUCACCGGCAAACUCUGAUGAACCUAACGAAAAUCUAAAUUUGUCUAGUGAUGAUAAAACAACAGUCACAUGCCCUAAAGAAUGUCAAAUGACUGAAACUGAAGCCGAUGAAGCUGCGCAUUUACUCGGUACAGCGAUGCUUAGUGCAGAAGUGAUGAAUAUGCCUUAUACAGAAUUUAAUGAUUCUUUAGCUCCCAAGCAAUCCGAUAUGGAGAAACCAACAAAACUGUCAAAAUAUGAUAUUUUUAAAAGAAUAAAAGAAGCUUACAAAGCUUGUAGUUGUAAAGUUUGUGAAUGUAUUGCCGGUAAGGUCAAAGCCGAGGCUUGUAAUUGUAAGCCUUGUGAAUGCAACGAAUGUUUGAGCUACAUAAAUCAAACUGAAACAAAAACAUCAAACAACGGCAUGGGCAUUAACAGAAAAUAUCAGUGCCAUAGAUGCAUAACCAACAAACGUUUAAGGACUGAGCAUGGAACAAGUAACCAACAAAUAUGUGAUUGUAAACCUUGUGAUUGUGUUGAAUGUGCUAAAGUUAUAGCGAAACUCUGUGAUUGCGAACCAUGCCAGUGUGUGGAAUGUAAAACAAGAAGUAUACACCAACGGCAAACUUUAGUAGUUGCGCCUGUUGGAAGAGAAGAGAAUGUUCAACGUUUAGCAUGUACGUGUUCACCAUGUGAUUGCAUCGAAUGUGGACUCGUUCACUCCUUGCCUUCUAACGUAAUGCAUGAAAUGUCAACGGGCACGAAUAGACAUGCUUUAUGCAGAUGCGACAUUUGUCUCAACGAAGUUUGUGAUCAACAUGGAGUUGAUUCCUGUUCAUGUCAAAGACGAAAUAAGGUUAUGAGUAAACCAGUUGAAAAAAGUACUCAUGAUUUCGAUAUACGAACAGCUACAACGAAUUAUAACAAACCCCUAUAUACACGGAGAAGAAAGAAAUCUUCAACCCAUGAUACUAUAGCAAUGUACGCAGCAGUACCUACGAAUUACCAUGCCUUAACCUCUAAUGAUGACAUAUCAAGCAAUGAUCAAAUGUGUAAUUGCGACGAAUGCGAGUGUUUACAUUGCAUUUGCCAAAACGAAGCAGUUAUGAACAUAAAAUCGUCUCAACUGUUUUCUUCUUUUAGAACAAUAACAAAAUCCGAUCUGAACGUCCCCAGCAAAUCCAUAUUAAACUAUCAUGAAGAUAGUAAAUCGCAAAGGUCAUGUAGUUGCCAAUUGUGCAAAAGACAGUAUGAUUACAGCCAUAGUAUUUACACUUCAGCUUCCAAUUUUACCGAAGACUGCGAAUGUGAACCUUGUGAAUGUAUAAAGUGUGGAAGGGAUAUAAAAUCUGACCGUUAUCUGUCAAACAUUUCAUGUCAAAGUGUCAAAUCAAAACCCACCUAUGAUAUUAAUUAUAGAAAAGAAAUGCUUGGGACUGCUUUACCACUUAUUAAAAAGGGUGAAGUAUUGACUCCAUCUACCCAUAGAUUUAAAGUGCAAAAUCAAGCACUGCGAAAACAAAACUCUAACGCAUUAAGCGUAUCAGUAAAGGAAGUGAUGUCAAAUAAAAAAUCCCCAAUAACUAUUAUUUCUCACAAAUUAACAAAUCAAAGUUCAAGGCUUUCUAAGCAAUCAUCCGGAAUGAGUCCCUCAAUCAAAAUAGGUUCCAUAACAAAAGCAAAUAUAAGUGACACAAAGAAGACACAGAUUAUAAAUAAAAAUAAUUCUGUAGAUAAUGAAAUAUCAAGUUACUUCUCUGGUUAUUCGUCGUUUAAUACUUCCCCUAUCGCAUCUGGUCACAGAAAAUAUGGAGGUAGUACCAGUCCAAUGUCACGAAAUAAAUAUAAGUCUUGGGAAAGCUCUUGCAAUAGUUCUGGCCACGAUUACCCGGAAUAUUUAAUACAAUUUCCACCAUCGACCUUAGAUACUGGUUUAGUAGAUGUAAUAGAAUUAAAUAGUAACCAAACAAAAACUUCUGAAAAAUCGAAUUUAUCUCCAAACAGUUAUUCAAAUUAUAACAUUGAUAAAUUAUCGUAUGAUGAUGUAUCCAUUAGAGAAAACACUACAGAUAAAAGUAGUCUUUUAGAUACAUUUAAAUCCGAGAUGACUACCAAUAAAAAAAAUGAUUUAAAAAAUUCACAAAAUGGACAAAAAUAUUAUGAUUCUCACAACAACCGUGAUAAAAUAUCCUGUUUCCGUGACGUACCAGAACAUGGUGUUUUAGCAAGUUCUCAAUUUUACAAGUUAGAAAUGAAACACAAGUCAAAUUAUCAGAAGAAUCAAAAUAUCAAAUCUAUUACAAACAAGGAUGACUUACAAGACUCUACAUAUUUUAUUGAUAGCAGAUGUUCAUUAAAAAAUGAUAGAAAGAAGACAAAAGAUUUUAAUUUAAUCAAUAAUUUUAAUAACUUUUAUCGGGCUCAAAAAGUAUUUGAUUCUAAAAUAGUGCAGAAAAAAACCGCCAGCGUUGUAUUACCUGUGCAUAGAGAAGUACAUAACAAUAAUAAUAAAAUUUGGUACCCAAAAUGUAUACCGCGACCAUCUCUAAUUAAUUAUAAUACUGAAAUUAUAAAUGCAGCUGAUUUUAAAAGAGUACGCAAAACUCUUAAGGAAGCAAAGGAGUUUUCUUUGGAGUUGAUGAGGCUGCUAAUCAUGUACGAAAAUGCAAACAAAGAAUUUGAAAGUAUUUCUGACAAGCUGAAACUAUCCCACGCGUGUCUGAUUAGUGGCGAUUUUGAAGUUAGGAGAGAGGAAAACGGUGAUAAAACGGAUGUUAUGAAGAAAAAACAAGAUCAAGAAAAGUGCUAUAACUUAAUAGAAAAUGCGUUACAUGGGAGACGUUCAGAACCACAAUCAGCAGAACUUAAUACAGAUCUACAAAUAACCACCAUAUGUAAAAAGAAUAUUUCAAAUUUGGAAAAAGUUAAAAGAGAAGAUGAUUGGUCUGAAGAUGUUGCUCAAACACGAAAACUAAAUCGAUUAGAAGAAAUUGAGUUAAAUUUAAAUAGAGAUGAACAAUCUCAUAAUAACAUGGCAAAAGAAAAAACCAGUGAGCGAAUUGAAGCUGCAGAAAAUAUAGAGGCGGAAAAAGACAUCUCAGACGUCUCCAAUCGAAUAGCUAAGAACAACGAAGACAUAAGAAAGGGAGAGCAAAUAAAUAAGAAAAAUUAUACAAAAUACAAGAAGCCGAGACGAAAAGUAAUCAUAUCAAAAAAGAUUAGUGUGCGAAACUCGAAUGAAAUGAAAGCCAAAUCAUAUAUAAAACAGCGUAUAACCUUUGGAACAUCAACCACUGAGCUGUCUGAUAGCACAUCAAAGAGUAUCAACGAGCCCCAUACGAAGCUAUCGGUUAAUUUUUCUGAGAAAGUGGAUCAACAAAAAAAUAAUGCAGAAGAACAUUACAAUAAUUUAACGCAGAUUAUGAAAAAAAUAGACAGCGUUUUUGCAGGUAUCGAAGAGAUUCCCAUAACAACUUCUACUGAAACUAAUGAGUUUCAUAACCACUUGGAUAGCUACGCGUCCAACAACACUGUCAAACAUGAAAUUAAAGAUACAAGUCCUUGGCCAAUUUUACGCAAAAACUUCAGUUGGAGUGCUAGACCUCAAACAAAGAGUAACGUUUGCAAUUUUCCGUCGUUGGACCUUCAAAUAAAGCAAAGGGUGCAGUCAAUAUCACAACAGACUGCUACACCCAGGAAGAGACGACACGAAAAUAAAGCUUUAGCUAGUCUACAUGUUGAAGUGCAGAAACUCUUGGAUAUGCCAAUAUUACAAUCGCAACAGUGUAAUAAAUAUCCUGUCGAAUAUCCGAAAGAAAUCUUGAAGAUGCAGCCUAAGAUGCACUGUUGAGAUUUUGAAGCCAGCACGCAGCGCGCAUCACACAGAACGCAGAGCAAUUAACCUAAGGCCUUGUGAAAAAAAACGGAAUGAUCUUCAGGCGGACUCGGGAUUCUUGUCAAAUUUUCCAUAAGAUCCUUCUGCAGAAAAUCCAACGGGGACUAUCUGGUUGAAAAUUAUACGUCUUUCCGUCUGAUGCGCCGGCGGUGUUUAGUGCAAUCCUCUCACGGGAUACAAAGAAUACAAAAUCUAUCAACUUACAAUCGCUGUGUACUCUGAUGUAGACGUAGACGCAAUUGAAAUAAAACAAUAGUAUCAAUCCAAAAUCCCUGUUUUCUUCGCACCCGUACAGUUGUAAUAAAGUAGCCAUAUUGUAGAAA